AUGGACAAAGAUUGCGACAUAGUAUAUAAGAACAUCUCUGACAUAUAUAAAUCCGAAGAAUUUAAGACAUACGACAACUUUGUUUCAUUAGUUGCAGAAUGUGUAUGGCAGAUAAGAGAUAAAGAUAGAAGAGGUAAGGUAUGGAAUGAACAGAUAAAACCAACUGCUUUUGAGUUAAAGAAAACCAUUGACGCCUUAGUUGUUCUAGCAGGUCAAAUUUCAAUGUAUAACGCAAAAAUGAAUCCACAAUGUUCUAAAUGUAAAGCAGCAAUGAGGAAAUAUAACUACUCCGUCAAAGAGAUAGAACGUAUGAGAAACGACUAUGCUGACUUAAAGAAAGAAGUAGAGAAACCAGCAGAAGAUAAAAUGGACAUGUUAGCAUUUCUGAACAAAAACUAUCCAACUGCUGACGAUUUCCUAUUAUCUGACGUCAAGAAGAAGUAUAAAGAAACCUUCGGCAUUGUUAAAACAUUCGAUGUACUAAAAGAAGAAAUAGAAGCUACAAACUGUUUAGAAUCUCACGAAUUCAUAACGUAUAUCAUGUAA